GAACAGCUAUGUGCGAGUGAGUGUGAAAAUCAUGCAAAGAAGAAUACAGCUACGACAUUUCUUGAAAAACGAUAGAUCGACGUGAAAAAUUACUCGAAUCUUUAUUUUUGAAAAUUGGCCAUAAGCUGGAUAGAAAUUGGCUGUUCAAUUCGAGUGCCAAUAGCUGAAGGAAAAAGUGAAGCGACCGAAGCGACACGCACCGAAAGUCGUCAGCAGUGCAUAUAGAAAGAAAAAGGAAGUGUUCGAAUAGAGAAAGUCACCGGCGGUCAGGAAAUUCGGAAAAUUCGAAAAACCUAACCCUGGAUGAAAAACUGGAUCAAAGUGAAGGAAGUUGAUGUUUUGGCAGACCUGAAAACAACGCUUCCAAAUAUACCGAAUUAUUUGAACUCGGAAAAAAUCUAAGGGAUUGGACAGACACAUAUACAGCAUUCGAUUGGUUAGCAUUGAUCCGCCCAGGUCCUUCAACUUGAAAUACAAUCGUAAACACCAUGGAUAACGACGGACUAUCAAACGAGCAAAUGGAGAAGGUUCUGCAGUUUCAAGACAUCACCGGAUUGGAUGAUAUAAACGUAUGCCGUGACAUCCUCAUACGGCAUCAGUGGGACCUCGAGGUGGCAUUUCAGGAGCAUUUAAAUAUACGCGAAGGGCGUCCAUCUGCUUAUGCAACCGAAUCCCGUGCACCUCAGGUUGUUAAUGAUCGUUUCCUACAGCAUGUGUUUUCUGCUCAGAGAGGACCCAACGUGCCAGUGCCUAGUGGACUCGGCGGGAUGAUCGGCUUCGUUGUCAAUUACGUGUUCAACUUUUGCUACAGCACCUUUUCAUCAAUAAUGACCGCUUUUCUUAGGUUGUUCAAAAGCCAAGAACGGAUUGUUACAGAUCCCCUGGGAGAUGUGUUAAAUUUUAUCCGGCAUUACAAUGAAAAAUUUCCAGAUCACCCAGUCUUUUACCAGGGUACAUACGCUCAAGCAUUGAAUGAUGCUAAGCGAGAGCUCAAAUUCCUACUAGUCUAUUUGCAUUCCGAAUCUAGCAAUGAGGCGACCCAGUUUUGCCGAGAAACGCUUUCGAAUGAUCAGGUCAUCGAAUACGUCAACAGGCGGAUGUUGUUUUGGGCCUGCGAUAUCGCUGCUCCAGAGGGCUAUCGCGUGUCCCACUCGAUAAAUGCACGAACCUAUCCGGUGCUAGUAUUGAUUGCGUUAAGAGCAAACAAAAUGGUUAUCAUGGGUCGUAUGGAAGGGUAUUGCACCGCCGAAGAGUUGAUACGACGCAUGGAAACGGUAGUUAAUGACAAUGAAGUAUGGCUGAAUCAGGCUCGUCAUGAUCGACUGGAGCGAGAUCUCACCCAAACUCUACGCCAGCAGCAAGACGAAGCAUACCAAAUGUCUCUUCGCGCUGACCAGGAAAAGCAACGCCGGAAGCAGGAAGAACGGGAAGAAGCCCUCCGUGCACAGCAAGCCAUAGAGGCGGAACUGUUGGCCGAGCAACAGCGAUUAGAAGAUUUGGAGCGAUUAAAAUUGGAAUUGGCUUCCGAAGUGCCUUCCGAACCAGAACCAGGAGCAUCCGGCACAAUCAGCAUAGUCUUCAAAUUACCUAGUGGCCUGCGGUUAGAGCGAAGAUUUCUGUCGUCCCACACCCUUAAGGACAUUCACAAUUUCAUCUUCUGCCAUCCUGAAGCGCCAGAUUCCUUCGAAAUUACCACCAACUUUCCGAAGCGCGUGCUCCAAUGUAAUGCCAAAGACGAAGAAAACAACCCCAGCGGAGAUAAAACUUCAGGCUCACUUUCAUUGCUAGAAUCAGGGCUGAAGAAUCGCGAGGUUCUGUUUGUGGCAGAUCUAGAUGCAUAGGCACAUGUAGAAGGACGAUUUGCGAAAAUAUUCGCAUCGAAGCUGCUAGUGGUCGGUACGAAUGCGUGAGUGUGUGAGGUCAAAUUAUACAGAUUUAAACAGCGGAGCGAAUGAUGGGACCUUGAAAAUAUGUACGUUGUUGAAAUGGUUUUCUUGUAAUCCCCCUCAAAACAAGGAAUAUUUUCCUAGGUUCUAAUAAUCGUCUUUUCAAAAAGCAAAUAAUAACUUUAAAAGUAUACACACUAAUGCUGGUUAUGUGGCAUAAUAAUCACACACACACGAACAUUGAUUGUGAAUACAUAACUGUGAACACUGAAAACCUAAUUAUGAUGUGAUGCAUUCUCUAUAUUCCAUUUUGAGAUGAAGUCCUCGAAUGCUUAUGAAAGAAAUGUUUUCAUCAAGUAACAACACUGCGAAAAAAAUGUGAAAAGAGUCCCUUUAUUUUCCUAAAAGAUCAGAACUUCAAGAAAAACUCAACACGUCAUAAGUCUUAUUUUUACUUAGUAAAAGCAAACCUUAUUCAUUGUGAACAAUAAGAUACGAUACUAUGAUUUGUUAUAUUUUUGAAAUAAUUUCCUUAUUUUAACUUAUUUAAGAGAACAAUAAAGCUAUUCUUGGAUUUUGUGUGCAAACAGUAUCAUAGAUAUUCUUGUUUACAACAUUAAAAACAUUGAAAAAUUCUCCCUUGUGAUGUAAAGUGAAUGCUAGUACGAUCAUUUGUAUACUUAAUCCAGAAUUGUCAUGUGAA